UAGCACCUUGCUCUCUAACCCUCCUCCAUAGCUAGGCCACGUCUCACACAAACGGUACUCACACUAACCCGGGCUUAAAUUGGUAGCAGUGUGUUCAUCUCGUUUUUCUGCCUCACAGUUUAGAGAGGUUUUUUUGUUUUGUUUUGUUUUGUUUGUUUGUUUGCUUUUUCUUUUUCUUUUUCUUUUUCCGGCUAGGUUUGCUUGCAGUAUGUGGUAUGGUUUUUCCAUGGAGGGCUUCGUGUCGAUUUAGCCCUAGCCCUGCGGAGUUUUAUUUUGAAAGAGGGUGGAUGAGAGUGGGCCAUGGGGCGGAGCACGUGAAAUCGACGGAAACGGAAGGUUAUGGCACAGUGAUAAUUUGUGAGCGCCUCCUCGUGUCCUUGAAACUUGACACUGUGUGAAGCCCUAAGAGCAAGCCAAGUGUGAAGGAAAGAGCAGCAGCCUAUUCCAAGCCUAAAAGCCACAGAGAAAAGCCAGCUAAGCGGCCACAUCGAAGUCUGCCUCAAGCAAACAAGUGCCUGUUCCUCCAACCAUCUCCCCCAAUAGCGGGAGAGAGUGCGAGAGUGGAUACGAGUGGGGCAUGGGGCGAGAGUACGUGAAAUCUCCGGAGAUGGGUGGUGAUGGAAUUGACAUGAUUUGCGAGCGCCUUUCGCGUCUGCCGGAUCUCUAUCUCCCGCACGCUUUGGCCACGCGGGCCGAGUCCGUCACGCAAAUUGAGCGCAAGGACCAUCUUACGAGCCUUCUGCGCCGAGACGCCGCUGUGUUUUUAGAACGCUACGGGAAGAGUUUGAAUUCUGUUGAGCUGCAAGAAUUUGAGGCUCUUCAAGAUGACUAUGAGGUGAACUGGCAUUUGAAGGACCUGAGAAGCUCUAUGAAUCCGAGCGCCGAGGACCAGCGAUCGCGAGCAGCGAUAGUGCAGAACCGGAGGUUGGCAUACAUGAAUCGGUUAGUUCAGGAUGGCCAAUAUUUUUCCGAAGACUCGAUGCGGAUGCGGUCCCCGCUGAUUCAUUACGAGCACGUCGGACAAUUCCAGGAUCCGGCAAUUCGGGAUCCAGCAGUCAGACCAGGGGAGCGUUUUUCUGAUACUCUGAUUCGACGCUCAGAGGAGGCUUACAUACAAGAGCGUUUGCGGGAAGAGAGAGUAGCAGCAGGAAUACCAGUUGAGGAACCUGUUGAAGAAACAAUCGAGGAGGACGAAUCCGAUUUCGAAGAAGAAUACGACACAGAGUCGGAAGACGAGGAGGAGAGUCCACAGAGAGCACAGGAAAAUGUACCUGAUUCAAGAGCAAGCCAUGGUACAGACUCUCAGGGUCAAAUUUCUCAGGAUGAGUUUCCAGGUGAAACUUCAAAUGAAGAGGCUCCUCAACCGUCGGAGAGCAUGGAAGCUGAGGAGACAGCACCAAGUUCUCAAUAUCUAUCUCCUGCAGAAUUGGGUGAUAAGAUGGAGGACCUCACCAGGGUGAUGCAGGAGAAAUUUUUGUCCGGGAUGGACAGUGAAUAUGUAGAUUAUGAACGAAUUGAUAACGAUGCAGCACUUGAUGAUGAUUGGAUGCCAGAAAUCACUAGAGAUGCUGAGGAUAAGUACUUUGAUGAAGACUGAGGCUUGUUAUACCAUACAACAUGCCCUCUGGGAUUUUCUUUUACCUCUGCCUCAGCCUGGUACCUUCUUACAAAUGUGUAGGAAUCUGAAGCUUGAGAGGUUCUGUUGACGGCUCCUUUCUUGGUAGGCUUGGCGGUUUCAUGAUCGAGGUCUGAAGAUAUUGUUCAUCUGGUGAUUCUCUCACUUGUUCAUACUCAUGGGAGGACCUGAUGAAAGGGAACAGUAUCAUUAUAUGCCAUUGGCAUGGUAAAGCUGCAGGAUAUUUGGUACGAGUACCUCCCUUCGUAAGAAAAAAUAUAUAUACACACACACAAACAAAAAAAAAACCAAAAAAGAACAAAAAAAAAAAAAAAAAAAAAGAAAAAAAAACUGAUGUGAUCAGGAGGGUCUUUCCGAGACAAGUUUGGAAGCAGAGUGGAAGUUCAAUUAGACACGUGAGCUAAAGUAUCCCUUCUAGAAUCACUCAUCUUGUGCUAUAUGUACAUGUCUACAGUCUAUGAUUUCCAUCAUGUAGAUUGUGUGGACCCUUCACUUCAAAUCCCUUUCAGUCCACUAUGUUCUGACUCGACGCGCACCUCGAUUUCCCAGUCUUGUGUACAUGGAUUGUCUUCCCGAACCUUGUUCAUUUUAUAUGAUUUGAUGUGGUUGGAAGGGUGCAACUGGUCUGAACCUUAAACCCUAAACCUUGGGUGAUAGGAAUCGUGAAGAAAGUUUCAAUGCAACUUGUUGAAUUAGGUUGAGGUUAUGGAGCCUAACCACUAAAUGCCACAUUGUGAUAGGAUUUCAGCCUUCGAGUUACCGAACACUGAAUAUUUUUCAGCAAUUUCUUCAUUUUUUGAUGUUUAACUUGUACAUGGUUGUAUCAACAAGAUAUGGUAUUAAAAUAUGC